UUCAACACGGUACUGUAUGGAAUGGACUAGGCAACAACAACUAGCCGAGCCAAACUUUUCUUCUUCUUUCUCCAUUUCCCCUAACCCUUUUAGCUCAGAAAAAAGAUGACCCAAGGCGAGGAUAUCGCUUAUGAUUUGGUUUUGGUUCUUCUCUCCAUCUCUCUUUUCAUUCUCGGAAUCGUCCUCGUCAUCAUGUGCAUAAAGAAGCCCAAAAAAUCAGACCAAAAACAAGAAAUACUCCCCGUCAAGUCUUGUGCGAGCUCUUAUCAGUUAACCGACAUAGAUGCAGCGACGGAUGGAUUUAACCAUAGAAGAAUCGUCGGUAAAGGCCUUUUAGGUACCGUUUAUGCCGCCAUGUCGCCACGAGGAGAGCUCUUUGCGGUGAAAAGGAUACAUCCACUACUCGUUUUAAGCAAUGCUGGAUUCGGGUUCGCUUCCAUAAUGAAAACACUUUCUUUAGCGCAGCAUCCUAACAUAGUCCCCAUCAUAGGGUUUUCACAAGCACCAGGUGAGAGAAUCAUCGUGAUGGAAUUCGUAGGUACGGUGAAUUUGGAUCUCUAUUUGCACGAAAACUCCGAUGAUGCAUCGUUAUUAGAUUGGAACAGGCGUUUGAGGAUCGCUGCCGGGGUUGCUAGAGGAAUCGAGUAUCUGCACGAAGGGAUGGCACCAAAUAUUAUACACGGAUGUAUUAAGGCAUCAAAUAUAUUAUUAGAUAUGAAAUUCGUCGCUAAGUUAUGCGAUUACGGGCUAUCGUUUUUGGCACCCAAAGAGACGAGAGGGCUCGUGGGGUAUGUAGAUGACGAGUAUUGCGGUGCUUGCAAGGAAAGCGAUGUUUAUGGUUUCGGUGUGGUUUUGUUGGAACUUCUGACCGGCAGGAGAAGUGAACAAGGGUUGCUUGUGCAAUGGGCAUUGCCAUUGAUUAAGUCCAAAAGGUUUAAUGAACUUUUGGACCCAAGACUGGUAAUUCCUUCUGAUUUGAAACCUCUUCUUAGACUGGCUAAGGUCGCAUCAGCUUGUGUCGGUAAUUACAGAAAGGAUAGGCCUUCAAUUUCUCAAGUGGCAUCCAUUUUGAACAAUUUGGAAGUUGAGGUAUGUCAUUAGAGUGGGAAUUUGGGGUAUCAUUUUCUUGACUUUGAUUGUAUACACGUGGGGUGUCUACAAAAUGGGUGUUAGAUAGAGUUGGUCAAUGAGGGGAAGAAUUUUGUGGGGAAUAUUUUGAAAUGUAAAGAGGAAGGAGAGGGUGGCGGUGAUUGGGAAUAUUCAUUGUUUCCGUGUGGAAAUUAGGGGAUUUUUCAUACUUUGGUGGUGAACGGGACCCAUUUCUUCCUAUUAUUUAUAUGAGGUCCUUGUUGUGAUUAUCAGAUUUUGGGGGACUUGUCAUGGGUACAUCAUUCACUAAUACUUCUCUUUUUGUAAAUUAAUCAUCGACGGAUUAUUUGUGUUUUAGUAAUAAUUGUACAACUU